AUGGCGGCCGGCAGGAGAGCCCCGAAGAGCGGGCUGCUGGAGCUGCGAGCCCCGGGCGAGCAGUGGCUGCGAGUCCUGGUCACUCUGGCCGAAGACUUCCUGACCGUGAGCCCCGGCAAGGGCGCGGGGGCCGAGGAGCCGCCGCCCGCCCCGGCGCAGCUGAACGGCGGGGAGCCGUGCGCCCAGGUGCCCGAGUCGCUCACCAACGUGAAGCGCACGGUGCGGAUCGUGAAGCAGGACGUGGGGGGGCUCGGGAUCAGCAUCAAAGGCGGCCGAGAGAAUAAAAUGCCUAUCUUGAUUUCCAAGAUCUUUAAGGGGCUGGCUGCAGAUCAGACAGAGGCGCUGUAUGUAGGAGACGCUAUCCUCUCCGUCAAUGGGGCUGACCUUUCAGAGGCGACGCACGAUGAGGCAGUGCAGGCACUGAAGAAGACUGGCAAGGAGGUGGUCUUGGAGGUGAAAUACAUGAAGGAGAUCUCGCCGUAUUUCAAGAACUCCUCGUCCGGGGCGACCGUCAGCUGGGACCCCUCGCCGGCUGUCUCCCUUCAGAAGCAAGCCUCACCCAUCCUCUCCCUGCGAGACCUCAAGGAAGGGAAGAACAUGCCCCUGAAAAUGUGCUACGUGUCAAGGAAAUGUCUCCCCAGUGACCCAGAGAACAGGUACCUGGAAGUCUGUUCGGCGGAUGGGCGGAUUCCCCUCUUCCUGAGAGCGAAAGACGAAGUGACUGCCCAGUCCUGGUUCAACGCCAUUCACACCAACGUCAACGCUCUGGUGCCCAGAGUCAAAGAGGAGCUGAGAGCCCUGCUGGCGGCAGCCGGCGUUGCAGGGAGCAAAGAGAUCAAGCACAUCGGCUGGCUCACUGAGCAGCUCCCCAGUGACGGGACGAAGAACAUCCUCACCAUUCUCACGGAGAAGGAUCUUCUGUUCUACGGCAGCCUCCCACAGACCAGGGAUGCCCUGAAUAAGCCAACCCACAGCUACCCUCUCAUCGCCACCAGGCUUGUGCACUCCGGCCCAUCCAAGGGCUCCCACCUCUACGACUCGGAACUCUCCUUCGCCUUGCGGACGGGAACCAAGAAGGGGGUGGAGACGCACCUGUUCAGCGUGGAGACACACCGGGACCUGGCAAUGUGGACGCGGAUGCUGGUGGACGGCUGUCACAGCGCGGCCGAGUUCACGCAGGAAAUCUCAGCGGCCUGCACAUGGAAUGGGCGGGACUGCACCUUGUCCAUCCACAUCGACAAGGGCUUCACCAUCUUCACCACAGAGCCUGGCAUCAGCAGGACCAUCCUGCUGCAGCAGCCCUUCGAGAAGCUGCAGAUGUCCUCUGACGACGGGGCCAAGAUGCUCUACCUGGACUUCGGCAGCGCAGAGGGAGAGAUUCAACUGGACCUUCACUCCUGCCCCAAAACCAUCGUCUUCAUUAUCCACUCAUUCCUAUCCGCCAAAGUGACCCGGCUCGGGCUGCUGGCAUAG